UAAUCCUGAUACAGCCCUGCGACACUGCUCAUCGGCAGCAUAGCACCUCUUUAGUCGCUGCUUUUGCCGGGCCCACCCCGCUCAACCGGGGAGCUGAUCGUUAGGGACCCGCCGUCACCAUGAACGGUCUCGUGCUGCGUAGCCUGGGCGUGCUGUCGAGGUCUUGCGCCGGCAGCGCACCCGCUGUGGAGGGCGCCGUCCGUGCAUUCGCCUCUGGUGCCGCCCCUUCUAAGAAGGAUGUGCUCUACAACCUGAGCAACCCUGACCCGGAUGCUGAGGCCUCCGUCAAGGAGUACCUUUCCUCCCUAUACAAGGGCGCAAAGCUUGAGCCCAGCCAGGCCGAUGACUCGCUUGAGCUUACCAGCAAAAUCGAGAAGAAGUACAAGGCUGCUCAGGUUGUGGAGUAUGGCCUGCAGAACAUCAGCGUGCCCCUGGGCUACAGCAAGUCGGACCUGGCCCCAGUGAAGCGGUAUGCUGCGGAGCUGCGGACUCUCGGGAAGCAGGCUGGCUUCGAGGACGCCGCCACCGAGGUGUCUAAGCGCCUGAGCUCCACGGCCUCCACGGCUGACAGCGUCAAGGAGCUGCUGACCAAGAGCCAGUCCCUGAUGAGCGCGGACCUGUACUCGGCGCUGCUGGAGGCGGUGCAGCAGGUGGAGAACGCCACCAACGCCACCCUCACCCUGGACGGCGCCUCGCCCGCCUACAAGGAGUUCGCCAAGAAGGUCGAGGCCAUCGCCAAGGCCCAAGGCAUCCCCGCCACGCUGUUGGUGGCUGCCCAGAAGACCCCCACGGACGAGGUUGUGGCCAAGGAGUACGCCCGCUGGCAGCAGCACGCGGCCGUCAAGGACGCCAUUGCCGAGCUGGAGGCGCUCAAGGCGGACGCCACCACCCUGCUGGACAAGCACCUGGGCAAGUCCGCCGAGCAGGUGCGCAAGGAGCAGGCGGCGGCCCUGACCGCUGCCGUCAAGAAGGCGGAGGCCGCCAAGGGUGCUCCUUGGGCCGUGCAGUUCCUGGAGGACGUCAAGCGGGUGGAGUGGUUCGAUGCCUGCGUGGCGGAGAACCCCGCCGUCGGCCCCAAGGUAGCCGCGUAAGAGCAUGCUGGCUGUAGCAGUGGCAGUGCCGGGGACACAUGGAGCGGAGGAGUGCGUUCGCGGUUCUUAGCAGCAGCAAGCUUUGAUCUCCGCCCCGUUGUUCUCAGCACUGUGCCAGGAAGGUCGGAACGUGCGAGCUGUGCGAACGUGCCUAUGCGGGCUGUGCUUCGGAUGUGCGAGUUUGUUGGGAGGACUGGCGGGCUAGGGUUGGGCAGAAGGGUUGGAGGCCGCUAAGGGUUAAGGGCGGCAUCGGAGUCCAUUACAUGGGCUUAAGCCUGGCUUAUGUUCUAUCCACGCUGAAGGCAACGCCAUGGUUCAGGUGUCAGGCAGACGUGUGGGUAGACCACCAACAAUCGUUUGUCAUGGGUGUUGGCGCAUGUUCAAUGUGCCGUCCUAAGCGUGUAAACAAUUGCGGCGUGCCGUUGCUGCCUUUCCGAGGUAUAGGAGAUUUCCCCCUGCCGUUGUCUAGCCCCAAUAUGUAAGUGCAGAAAGGUUAAUGGAGUAUUGCGAUACAGCAAUAAGACGCUCACAAGAUAAUCACGUCAUAAUUGAAGCGGUCAGGAC